AUGCCGGAGCUCCAGCUGGAGAUUCCAUAUACACUCCGCCUUUUGGUCCAUACCAUCAUCGUCAAUAGCCAUAACCUGAAUGCAGCAAGCAACACCCUCCUUCUUUCUACUCAAAAUUCGCUUGACAUGAAUAUGGUGCAGAACUCGAAAAUAGAGCCUGAAUCCAGCUCUGAGAAUACGCCCACCAAUUCCACUACACAGCACAUCAACAAGAGUAAUGCUCCCAGCAGCACCGGAUCGAUGUUACGCCUCUCAUUAUGGGUCUCGUUUUCCGCAUGGAUCUUGAAUUUUGACAAUGGCUAUGCCGGCACGGUCCUGAUCAUGCCUUCUUACAAACACGCAUUUGGAAGCUGCGAGCAAGUCCUGGACCCGAACACGUAUGCCGACAUCCAGCAUUGCUCAUUGACGCCACUACAACAGUCCCUCAUCAGCCUCAACUUCCUGUUCAUUGCCAUCGGAGGCGGGAUUGCGGGCGUGACUGGUCAAUACAUCGGACGCAGAAGGUCAAUCCAAGCUGGGUGUACAUUGGCUAUUAUCGGGGCUGCUGGAAUGCUUGGCACCAGCGGGAGUUUUCUUCGCUAUAUGGUGUGCAGAUCGAUCAGUGCUGUAGGACUCGGACAGCUGAUGGCAGCCAGUGUCACAUAUGGCUCCGAAUGCAUCGCUGCCAACAAGCGUGGGCUGUCUCUAGGGUUGUAUAACGUCGGACUCGCUGGGGGGAAUGCUGCUGCUUUCGCGGUGUGUGCCGGUUCUGCUCGUCUGGAGCCAAUCAACGACUGGCAGUGGAAGACACCCAUUCUAUGCCAAAUACCCUUGGGAGUCAUUCUCGGUGCUGGUAUCUUGAUGCUCCCUGAGUCUCCACGCUGGCUCAUGGGGCGUGGCCGAGAGGAGGAGGCGCGGAACUCGUUCGGCGUGCUAUACAGCCAAAGUCCAUAUUCGCCGGAAAUCACUGCGCAGAUUGAUGAUAUCAGAACCAACCUUGCGUACGAGCGUGAAAACCUCAAAUCCGUCUCGUUCUUUGAUAUUUAUCGCAGGAAGCAUAUCGGCCGCACCUUGACAUCUGCCGUGAUCAUGGUUGGACUCGCCAUUACUGGUAUCCACUUCGUGCAACCGUACGCUACACUGUUUCUCAAAGGAGUUGGCAUCAGCGACCCAUACUUAAUCAAUGUUAUCAUCGGAUUGUGCAUCCUAGGAGGAUCGCUUUUUGGCCCAUUCAUUGUGGAAUACGGCGGAAGGAGAAUUGCCAUGCUUUCGGGCUACAUUGUCAUGGCUGUCUGCAUGCUCACUCUUUCCUCUGUGAGCACUGCUCUUGGAAUGGAUGAGACUGCAAAGAUAGUGACAGUUGUUCUUCUGUGCUUGUGGGCUUUUGUCUUUGGUGGGACUAUUGCUGCGAGUGCUAACCUAUCUUCUGUGGAAAUGCACAGUGUCUCACUUCGCACCUUUGGACAAGCCAAUACAACAGUAUUUUAUGGCAUCUUUGCAUUUGGUGCAACAUUUUGGACUCCUUACAUGUUAGGUGCGGAUUAUGGGAAUAUGGGCCCCAACGUCGGCUAUUUCUAUGCUGGUGUUACCGCCGUCAUCGGGAUUUCAACCUUCUUGCUUGUGCCAGAGACUGCUGGGAUUACGCUGGAGCAGAUAGAUGAGGGUUUCAAUUCAGGAAUAAAGGCAUGGGAAACGUCGUUGCCCAGAAAUAAGGCCAUUGCUUCUCAGAAACGAAACAUGGCAGGUGGAAACGUCGGAGCUUAA